AUGCUGGACGGCCAUCGGCCAAAGAAUGUGAAGGUGCGACAGGCCAGCAGCGGGCUUCGCAGGCAUUGGGACGUGGAGUUGGUGAUCACGUACGGCCACAUGUACCUGUGUCAUGGCUGGGAGCAGUUCUACCGUGCCUAUGACUUGUGGCACGGGUACUUCCUUCUCUUUAGGUACGACGGCAAUGCCAUGCUCACCGUGAAGGUGUUCAACACGACUAUGUGUCGCAUGCGCUACCAGGACGACGAUGAUGCUAGUACAUUCUGCCUCUUCUUCCUCUACAUUUGCAAUGGGAGCAGCAACAGCGACUCUGGCUACAGUCAAAGCAGCAGUGACUCUGGUUGCAGCAAAAGCAGCAGCGAGGAUGAUUCGGAAUGGAGUGGGGAAGAAGAGUAG